GAGAGAGCUUGAGACGCACAGUCUGCUCCCUGCCGGUCCCUCUCCUCCCCUCUUCCCUUCCCUUCCUCCCCACCCCGGUUCCCCUAGUCCCACUCCUCCUCUUCCUCCUCUCCCCGCUCGGCGAUGCGAGCCUGUAUCGUGUAAUAGGAUUGGCGUUGCAAUGGCAACUGAUGGAAUGGGGGAAGGCAAGACAGCUGGGCUCUGGGCUCCGGACUGCGGGCGGGCGGGCCCCUGCCGCCGCUUGACGCUCCUCCGGGGACCUUCGCGAGUUACUUUGUAAAGGCGAACCCAGGCGAGGAAGCCCCUGCUCCGUGCCCCGAGUCAGAGGCCACUUCCUGCUUCUUGGCUGCCCGCGCCAGGCUCGCACCGCUCAGCACCCCCGGCCCUUUGCCCGCGCCCGCCGCCAGCCCAGCGCGUCGGCGCCGCUGCCGCUGCGGAGACUCGAGCCCGCUGCCCUGAAGAACACUUCGCCUCGCGGCUCCCCUUCCCAUCACGCCCCCCGCUCCUCCCCGGCGUCUGCGAUUUUCCCAGGCGCCCGGUGUGAGUGAGGCGUGCGUGUGAGUGUGUGUCAGGGUAUUGUGUUGUGGGAGAGUGUGCGCCUGUGUGUCUGUGUGUGCGUGCAUGAGUGUGGGGUGUGCGGGGCUCCUGCGCUCCGCUCACGGCCGCCGCCGGGGAAGGACGGACGGACGGCGCUUACUUGGGCGAGCGGUUCCCGGGCACCUCGGCGCAGCUCGGGCGCGAGUGGGGAGCACUCGCCUGGCCGCCGGCCUCCGGAAGGUCCCGCUGCUUCCCCCCUGGGCUGGAUAUGUCCAUGUUCACGUGAAGAUGGAUUUAGUGUACGGUCUCGUGUGGCUGCUGACAGUCCUCCUGGAGGGGAUCUCUGGCCAAGGAGUGUACGCUCCCCCCACGGUUCGUAUUGUGCAUUCAGGCUUGGCCUGUAACAUCGAGGAGGAGCGCUACUCCGAAAGAGUCUACACUAUACGCGAAGGAGAAACUCUAGAAUUGACCUGUCUGGUCACUGGACAUCCACGUCCACAGAUCAGGUGGACCAAAACAGCAGGAAGUGCCUCUGACAGAUUCCAAGACUCAAGUGUCUUCAAUGAGACUUUGAGAAUUACAAAUAUUCAGCGACACCAAGGAGGCCGGUAUUACUGUAAAGCAGAGAAUGGCUUGGGGUCCCCAGCGAUAAAGUCAAUCAGAGUGGAUGUGUACUAUUUGGAUGAUCCGGUAGUAACUGUUCAUCAAAGUAUAGGGGAAGCUAAAGAACAAUUUUACUAUGAGAGAACAGUAUUCCUCAGGUGUGUUGCCAAUUCCAAUCCACCUGUUCGGUACAGCUGGAGACGUGGCCAGGAGGUGUUACUACAAGGAUCCGAUAAGGGAGUAGAGAUAUAUGAGCCCUUCUUUACCCAGGGUGAAACAAAGAUUUUGAAACUAAAGAAUCUUCGACCUCAGGACUAUGCUAAUUAUAGCUGUAUUGCUUCAGUGAGGAAUGUAUGUAAUAUUCCGGAUAAGAUGGUAUCAUUUAGACUUUCCAAUAAAACAGCAUCUCCGUCAAUUAAACUCUUGGUGGAUGACCCUAUAGUUGUUAAUCCUGGAGAGGCCAUAACAUUAGUAUGUGUUACGACAGGAGGAGAGCCUGCACCCUCUCUCACCUGGGUCAGGUCCUUUGGGACUCUGCCUGAAAAGACGGUAUUGAAUGGGGGAACUUUGACCAUACCUGCCAUCACCUCAGAAGAUGCUGGUACUUACAGCUGCAUUGCCAAUAAUAAUGUGGGAAACCCUGCAAAAAAGUCCACCAACAUCAUUGUGAGAGCAUUAAAAAAAGGACGAUUUUGGAUCACACCAGAUCCUUAUCACAAAGAUGACAACAUCCAGAUUGGGCGUGAGGUGAAAAUAUCUUGCCAAGUAGAAGCUGUCCCUUCUGAGGAGUUAACAUUUAGUUGGUUUAAAAAUGGUCGUCCAUUACGAAGUUCUGAGCGGAUGGUUAUUACACAGACUGAUCCAGAUGUCUCCCCGGGAACCACAAACUUGGACAUCAUUGAUUUAAAAUUCACGGAUUUUGGGACAUACACAUGUGUAGCAUCUCUGAAGGGAGGAGGAAUAUCUGAUAUCAGUAUUGAUGUUAAUAUAUCCAGCAGCACAGUUCCACCCAAUCUGACUGUUCCACAGGAAAAAUCACCUUUGGUCACCAGAGAAGGAGACACAAUAGAACUGCAGUGUCAAGUAACUGGAAAACCUAAACCCAUCAUCCUUUGGUCUAGAGCGGAUAAAGAGGUUGCAAUGCCUGAUGGGUCAAUGCAGAUGGAGAGCUAUGAUGGAACACUGAGGAUUGUGAAUGUAUCUAGGGAAAUGUCAGGAAUGUACAGAUGUCAGACCAGCCAGUACAAUGGAUUUAAUGUGAAGCCAAGAGAAGCUUUGGUGCAGCUCAUCGUACAGUAUCCUCCUACUGUGGAACCAGCAUUUCUUGAAAUCCGACAAGGACAAGAACGAAGUGUCACUAUGAGCUGCCGGGUUCUGAGAGCCUAUCCAAUACGGGUACUGACCUAUGAGUGGCGCUUGGGCAACAAAUUGUUACGGACGGGUCAGUUUGACUCUCAAGAGUACACAGAAUACCCGGUCAAGAGUCUUUCCAAUGAAAACUAUGGGGUUUACAAUUGUAGCAUCAUAAAUGAAGCUGGAGCCGGGAGAUGCAGCUUUCUUGUUACAGGAAAAGCCUAUGCUCCAGAAUUCUAUUAUGAUACCUACAAUCCUGUGUGGCAAAACAGACAUCGUGUUUAUUCCUACAGUCUACAGUGGACACAAAUGAAUCCUGAUGCAGUGGAUCGGAUUGUUGCAUAUCGUUUGGGUAUUAGGCAGGCUGGACAGCAGCGUUGGUGGGAACAAGAGAUUAAAAUAAAUGGAAAUAUUCAAAAAGGAGAAUUAAUUACAUAUAAUUUGACUGAGCUAAUUAAACCAGAGGCUUAUGAAGUGCGACUAACUCCUCUCACCAAAUUUGGUGAAGGAGAUUCAACAAUUCGUGUCAUCAAAUAUAGUGCUCCUGUUAAUCCUCAUUUAAGAGAAUUUCAUUGUGGAUUUGAAGAUGGUAACAUUUGUUUGUUCACCCAAGAUGAUACAGAUAAUUUUGACUGGACAAAGCAAAGUACUGCAACAAGAAAUACAAAAUAUACUCCAAACACAGGACCGAAUGCUGACCGUAGUGGCUCCAAAGAAGGUUUUUAUAUGUACAUUGAGACAUCUCGACCAAGAUUGGAAGGCGAAAAGGCUCGACUUCUCAGCCCAGUUUUUAGCAUAGCUCCAAAAAACCCUUAUGGACCCUCGAACACUGCAUAUUGUUUCAGCUUCUUUUAUCACAUGUAUGGACAACAUAUAGGUGUUUUAAAUGUUUAUCUACGUUUGAAAGGGCAGACAACGAUAGAGAAUCCACUGUGGUCUUCUAGUGGGAAUAAAGGACAACGAUGGAAUGAGGCUCAUGUUAAUAUAUAUCCAAUUACUUCAUUUCAGCUCAUUUUUGAAGGUAUUCGAGGUCCUGGCAUAGAAGGUGACAUUGCUAUUGAUGAUGUAUCAAUUGCAGAAGGAGAAUGUGCAAAACAAGACUUGACGACUAAGAAUUCCGUUGAUGGUGCUGUUGGAAUUUUAGUACAUAUAUGGCUUUUUCCAGUUAUCGUCCUCAUCUCUAUCCUAAGUCCUCGGAGGUGACCUUAUCCUGGCAGAGGCUAUAAAAGAAAUACCAGGCACUGGCAUGAAGAGUCUUUGUAAAUGGACAUUGAAAAAACAAACUACCAAAGAUUCCUCCACUGACUACUGACUCAAAAAUAAAAUAAUAAAAACAAAUUUUUUUAAGCACUGGGGAUAAAAAGACAUCAUGGAAGUAUAACUUAUUCCAAACUAUAUAUAAAAGAUAAUCUUGACCUGAGUAGAGAAGAGACCUUCAGGUGCUUUUGUGGCUAAAAAGAUUACAGCGUUAUCUGGUCAUCUGGUUGAACUCUGGAAAAAAAAAAAAAAAAAAGAGCUAUAGAAAUUCUUGUCAAAGCACAAAGUCAUGGCUGGUUUUGUUUCAAAUGAAUAGUUUGCUUGUUACCAUGGAAAUCUAAUGGCCUGCCAACAAAAACCUCACUGUAAACAGGGUACGUGAAGAACUGGCAUUUAUUUUCCUUUCGAGAAAGUUUUACGUAGAGAAUUAAAUAAAUGUAGGCCCUUUUACCUUUGGUUGCUACCCUUCCUUGAAAAGAACCUGAACUCAGAAUUAUUUAAAACAUUCAUGUUCCUUCCACCUUAUCCCUAUCCAGCCUUUAUUAUUUUUAUUCGUUUUCCUCCCAUGGCUAAGCUAGAUGACUGUAUGCUGUCUCUUUUUGCAUGCACUACUAUCCAGGAUGGUAAACCUGGGCUUACAUAAUACACAGGCUUAUCAGAGUUUGCUCGCGGCCACUUGAACACUCAAACUAAGUCAUCUGUUCCAAUGAAGAAACCAAACCACCAUCUUUUAUAAAUUGCCAUGGAAACCAAGUGCCUUCAAUGAAACAAGCCUGAAUAAUUUUCAACUCAGAAGCUUGCACUGUUAAGAGUGGUUUGUGUAAAACUAUUUUAUAAACAAACUACAGAGUCUAAAUGUGCAAAUUACAGGCAAGACAACAAAGCUGCUUCUGAAGAAGAAAGGACCGAAGCUGCUGCGUAAGCCCAUGCAGACGAGAUAUUUGUCGUUUGACCUCCUGGACAGCCAUGGCCUUUCGGCUUAUUGUCCAUUAGAAAAUAACUUCCACUGAGACCAGACAUGGGAGCAACACUUUUUUUUUCUUCCAGGUUAUUAAAUGGGUCAACCAGAGCAAAAGGUUAAGAUAAUACUUAGCGCAGAAGGUGGUAAAACACGAGAGUGAUUUUUUUUUUUUUUACUCUAACCUCCAUUUGAAAUGAAAUUGGCCCUAGCUUUAGAGGGAAAAAGAAAAUAUUUGUGAUUGCAGUGCAUACAAACUCUACAGCGGAACUGGGCCCGAAAAUCUGGCUUUAUUCUAAACACUGAGGGUAAUAUGCCUCUGCCCUUUAGUCAGACUCUGUGCAAAUUGUGAAAUAUUAUUUUAUUAUUUUCAAAUAUUAAAAAACACUUUUACAAAAAAACAAAAACCUGUAAAAAUGAUUUUGAGCUACCUGAGGACAAAUCAUAACUUUAACCAGCCAGUUUUCCAAUGCAUUGUAAAUUUCACUUAAACCUGUUGGUUAUGAAAAUUUGAAGAUUUUUUUUUUCCUUAAAUUAUCUCAGCUUUUAACUUCAUUUAAAAGGACUUUUGUCUAAAGAAGAAUAUUAUUAUAUUUUCUUUCAACCCCCCAGGAUUAAAAAAAAAACUGAUUAUGCAAGUAAUUGGGAUAUAAGUAUUAAAUUAUAACAUUUACAAAUAUUAAUAUAAAAAGCACAACAAAAUGUAGUGGAAAAAUGAUACAGUUUGAUUUUUAAAAAAAAAUUCUGUAGAAAUGUUUGUGCAAAUUCGGUAAUUCAACCUAAAAGAUAAUUUUACAGUUAUGUUCAAUAAAGCCUCUUUCCAGGUAAGGUA